AUGGAGUCAAAGCGCUGCUUUCGUCAAAGUGGCUCCAUGGUCGCAGCGGACUCGGACUGCAGCUCGUCUCACAACCCUUCGCGUUUCUGUGCUUGCUCUAACAUGGAUCGUCCUUGGGGAAAAGCUUUGAUGGCACGUCCACUUCUUUUGCCCUUGCACGGACUUGUGGCAGGAGACAAAGAGGAUCAGAUUGGUGACCCGAGCAAAGUUCAUGUCAAAGGACAGCAGUGGCAGACAGCAUCGUUGCACCUUCGGCAGCUAGGCCGUGAUCUGGGGCUCACUGCGAUCUCCUUUAAUUCAGCAGCUAAUGCCUUUUCAAUCAGUGCCAAAUGGAAGCAAGCAUGCCACCUGCUCGCGAUCUGUGCGGGGAAGAGCUAUGAAAAGGACGCAGUCUUGUCCAACAGCGUCAUCUCAGCCUUCGCAAGACGCUCACGGUGGGUACACGCUGGCGAUCUGCUGUCCUGGAUGACCGGAAGCUUUGUAAGAUGCACACAGAUGACACUGAGUGCUACAAUGAAUGCUUGCAGAAAUGGCUGCAGGAAUGGUGCGAGACUACAGCUUUGGCAAGGAGCACUGGUGCUGCUGUCAGAGGCACCGGCAUGCAGUGUCCAGCCGGAUGGAGUCAUGCACAGCUCAUGCAUAUGCGCAUGCGAGACGGAAAACCAAUGGCAGCAAGCCUUAGCCACCUUCAUAUCAUGCCAAGCAGUUCGGACCCAGACAGUGAAUGCUUACAAUGCUGCUAUCAGUGCCUGCGAGAAGUGUUCCCAGUGGCAGCAGGCUUUGGCGGUGUUUGAGAUCUUAUCUCACACGCAGAAUGUACAGCCAGAUGUCAUCAGCUACAACGCAAUAAUCAGCACUUCGCAGGACUGGACGCUGGCGCUGUUUUUUUUAGAAUCUCUUCUGCAGGGCAAGCUGCAGCCAACGCUCGUCACCUUCAACGCUGCCUUGUCUACCUUCGACAGUGGGGAGUGGAUGGAAGCCAUCGUGCUGCUCGAACAGCUCCAGAGCCACCGCUUACUUCCAGACAUCAUCACCUUCCACACACUUGUGAGAUCCAGCUCUAAGACGCACUGGCAACAUGCCUUCUACUGGCUGAGUGAACUGGACACACGGUACCUGCAGAGCGACCCGAUCACCCAUAGCGGGGUCAUCACGGCGUGUACUCAUGCCAACCAUUGGCAGAGGUCUCUGCUUCUCGGGUCGGAGGCUCUUGCAAUGCCUGCUUGCGAUGCUCACACAUGCACCGAUUCCAUUGUGGCUUGUGAGCGUGGGGGCAGAUGGCAGUCAGCACUAUGCUUUCUCCAGGGAUUAGUGAAUUUGGCCGUAGAAGGCGACCUAGUUGCAUGCAAUGCUGCUAUGAGCGCCUGUGCAAGUCAAGGGGCUUGGCCACAAAGCUUGGCUGGCUUGCACAAGCUUGACCCGCAGGAACCAGCAGCUCUGACCGCUUAUGAGAUAGCAGUCAUCGCAUGUCCGGCUCGACCUGAUGAUGCCGGCUCUGACGAGGAGGACCCGGAGCUGUAUGAACAGCUUUCCAAACAGCGCCGCCUAGUCAAACGUGCUGACACAGGCCAAGCCAAAAAAGGGGAAGCCGCUUUGACACAGGUGUCGGAACGCAUCCAGGGCAUGGGCGAGGAGGAGGAUGAAGUAAAGGAGAAGGAGAAAGAACUUCUCGGGCUAAAGAAAGAUGCAGACAGCAAUGUGGCAUUGACCGCCACAACGGAGUUCUGCAACGUGGUGCAGACUCCACUUGAGAAGAUCGAGACGCUGAAGCAUGAAAGCUUCCGGGGUUCCACGCUGUACAAGCAGCAGGCAACCCAGCGCAAGGGUGUCGCAGCGGGUGAGCGAAAAGCCCGAAAAGCGGGCCUGCCCGAGGAAGUCAUGGCUGCCACGAAAGAUGCGGAAGAAGACCUGGAACAGACGCUGAUCGAGGAGUCUCUUGACCUCAGCUGUGCCAGUGGGCUUGAGUACCUCCGGGCUCGAUCUCAGAUCGGUUGUGACCAGGACUCUCACAGGAUCCGAAAGUUGGACAAUCGCCCGUUGGAGAUGUCUACAGUCGAUGGUGACAUCAAGCUUGAGUAUCGAGACGAUUUCGGCAGGGUCCAGACGCCGAAGGAAGCCUUCCGCUCGAUUUCGUGGAAGUUCCACGGCAAGGUUCCUGGCCGAAAGAAUAUGGAAAGGCGACUUCUUCGCCUGGAGAACGAGAUGAGAUUGAAGAGCAUGAAUGUCAUCGAAGCUCUUCCGACUCUCAGGGCACUGCGACAUGCGCAAACAGCUGAUGCCAAGCCGUACAUGGUCCUAAGUGGCGCCAACGAGAAGUGA